UAAGUUGAGUUCAAGCUGUGCUACCAUGUUUCUUUCAGCUGUCCUGCUGGGGCUAUGCAUUUGCUUCAUCAUCUUUCAACUGAGGCCCAGGAGGCCCAAGAACUUUCCACCAGGACCCCCGGCCCUGCCCAUACUGGGGAACAUUUUACAGCUCAACCUACAAAACCUUAUGGGGGAUCUCGAGAGACUGAGGAGGUCUUACGGAAAUGUCUACAGUCUGUUCUUUGGCCCUAGACCAAAUGUAGUCAUCAAUGGGGUAAAGGCUAUGAAGGAGGCUAUGGUGAUCAAGGCUGUUGAAUUUGCUGGACGACCUCAAGAUCUGCUUGUUCAUGAUGUCACCCAGAGCAAAGGAUUUAUUUUUUCAGAUUAUGGCUCCAGUUGGAGGGAGCAUCGUCGCUUUUCUCUCAUGACAAUGAGGAACUUUGGUCUGGGGAAGAAAUCAAUGGAGGAGAGAAUUCAUGACGAGAUUCAAUACAUCAUUACAACACUGGAUAAAAAUAUUGGCAAAACUCUGACUCCUCAAGUUAUGUUUCAUAAUGCGGCCUCCAACAUCAUGUGCCAGGUUGUCUUUGGUACACGCUACGAGUAUGACGAUGAGUUCAUCACAACAAUUGUUCAGAGCGUCACUGAGGUGACCAAGAUCGCCAGUGGACCAUGGGCCAUGCUGUACAACUCUCUUCCCUUUAUUCGGAAGCUGCCACUGCCCUUCAACAAGGCCUUUAAGGCAAUGAAGCGUUCUUCUGACCUUGUGCUUCGUUUGUUGAAUGAGCACAAGAAGACCAGAAUCCCUGGAGAGCCUCGAGACUUUCUUGAUUGCUACCUGGAUGAAAUGGAAAAGACAGCAGAGGAUUCUUCAUUUUCAGAGGACAAACUUAUAUUUACCGCAAUAGAUCUUCUGUUUGCUGGGACUGACACGACCUCCAACACCCUGCUUACUGCUUUUCUUUACCUUAUGAACCACCCACACAUACAAGAACGAUGUCAGCAGGAAAUAGACCGGGUGUUGGAAGGGAAGGAUCAGGCCUGUUUUGACGACAGACACCAGAUGCCCUACAUGCAGGCUGUGAUCCAUGAGUCGCAAAGAAUUGCCAACACCAUUCCACUCAGCGUCCAUUGUACGACUAAAGAUACAGAGCUUGCCGGAUAUUCCAUUCCCAAGGGUACGAGGAUCAUGCAAAAUUUGAGCUCAGUGCUGAAUGAGGAGGGUCAGUGGAAAUACCCUCAUGAAUUCAAUCCUGAGAACUUCCUCAAUGACCAGGGAGAGUUUGUCAAACCAGACGCCUUCAUGCCUUUCUCUGCAGGUCCUCGGAUUUGUCUUGGAGAGGGUCUGGCACGUAUGGAGCUCUUCCUCAUCAUGGUGACUCUGUUGAGGAAGUUUAAGUUCAUCUGGCCUGAAGAUGCAGGAAAACCUGACUACACUCCUAUCUUUGGACUCACCACUACUCCAAGACCUUAUCCCAUGAAGGUCCAACACAGGCUUUGAACUGCACUAAACUGACUGAAACGUAUAAUAAAAAUAAAGUCUGACCAAUUGA